AUGGAAGGCGGGCGGGGCGGCACAGGCGGGGCGGGNCGGGCGAAGGGCCCCGGGGGCACGAGCGACGCGUACGCGGUGAUCCAGGUGGGCAAGGAGAAGUACGCCACCUCGGUGUCGGAGCGCAGCCUGGGCGCGCCAGUGUGGCGGGAGGAGGCCACCUUCGAGCUGCCGCCGCUGCUGUCCGCCGAGGCCGCACCCGCGGCCGCCGCCACCCUGCAGCUCACCGUGUUGCACCGCGCGCUGCUCGGCCUCGACAAGUUCCUGGGCCGCGCCGAGGUGGACCUGCGGGAGCUGCACCGGGACCAGGGCCGCAGGAAGACCCAGUGGUAUACCUUGAAAUCCAAACCAGGAAAGAAGGAUAAAGAGCGAGGAGAAAUUGAGGUUGACAUCCAGUUUAUGAGAAACAACAUGACUGCUAGCAUGUUUGACCUCUCCAUGAAAGACAAGUCUCGGAAUCCAUUUGGGAAACUGAAGGACAAGAUCAAGGGGAAGCACAAGGACAGCACGUCGGAUACUGCUUCAGCCGUCAUUGCCAGCGUGACACCCUCUGCUGACAGUGAUGAUGAGUCUCCUUCCAAAGACAAGAAAAAGAAAUCCAAGAUCCAGACCUUGUUUUCCAAGUCGAAUUUGCAGAAAACGCCGCUUUCCCAGUCCAUGUCCGUCCUGCCUACUUCAAAGUCAGACCGAGUGCUGCUCCGUCCUGGAGACUUUCAGUCCCAGUGGGAGGAUGGCGACAAUGAGAAUGAGUCCUCCUCUGCGUCAGAUGUCAUGUCUCACAGGAGAACAGACAGUGCAGAUCUUAAGCAACGGAACCAGAUCAAUUUCAAUCUUCCCAAGAAGGAAGGACUCUUUCUUGGCGGCCUUCGGUCUAAGAACGACGUCCUUUCUCGCUCUAAUGUCUGUAUCAAUGGGAACCACGUUUACAUGGAGCAGCCGGAAGCCAAGAGCGAGACCAAGGACAGCACCCCCUCCCCUUCUCCGUCCCCCCAGGGCUUCAGGAAGAAGCAUUUGUUCUCCUCCACCGAGAACCUGGCUCCGCGGUCUUGGAAGGAGCCUGGGGACGGAGGGGCGGUGUCUUCCGACAGGCGGUUCUCUGAGUCUUCCCCAAAGGACUGCCUGAAGUCCAUGUCGCUGCCGUCUUACCGGCCGCAGGGCAGUGGGGACGUGCGGGAGAAUGUGGCUCCGGUGAGCUUGGAGGCUGUAAAGGAAACCAAAGAGAGCAAGAAGCAGGAGAACAAGAAGUCCUCUUUGUUUUCUCUGGUGACGGGAAAGAAGGAUGUGGCUAAGGGCAGUGAGGGCCGAAGCCCGCCUGUCUUCCCGGGGAAGGAGAGGGAAGGCACGCUGACGGAAGUGCAGCCGAGGGAGGACCAGCUGGGGCCUGAUGAAGACCUACUGAAAAGAUCUGAGAAGGACACGCUGCCUGUCGUCUCAGGACGGGGUAAAUCCCUGAAUCCCUUUGAGGAAGUGCAGAUCGCAGAACCAGAAGCUGACCCAGAGCCCAGGUCGGAGCCUACACCACCCGCCAGCUCUGCGAGGGCACCACAGACCAAAGCUGUCAAGCCUCGACUUCAGCCCGUGAAGCCGAUGAACACAACAGGCACCAAGAUUGCUAACUCCAGCUUGGGCACUGCCACCAUCAUCAGUGAGAACUUGAUCAAUGAAACCACGAUGAAGAAAUACAACCCCUCGGACCCUGCCUUUGCUUACGCACAGCUAACCCACGAUGAGCUGAUCCAGUUGGUCCUCAAACAGAAGGAGACGAUAAGCAAGAAGGAGUUUCAGGUUCGCGAGCUGGAGGACUACAUUGACAAUCUGCUCGUCAGGGUCAUGGAAGAAACCCCCAACAUCCUCCGCAUUCCGGCUCAGGCCGGCAAAAAGGCAGGAAAGAUGUGAAUCGUCAGCCUAGGAGAGAGAAGAUUUUGUGAGUUUGUUUCCACCUGCUCCUGAGGUCAAGGACUCCGUGUGCCCAAUAACCAGCUUACAGGCUCAAACUCACCAGCGGCCUCCCUUGCGUGUUAUCUGGCAGGAGUCAGUUCCACCAACUGAAGCCAGGUUAAUUAUUACAAUGAAUCUUUUACUGUACAUUCCCAGGGUUUUAUUUUUAAAUGCCACUGUGCCUUUAACUAUAUUGUAAAUAUUUUAUGCUCUGAGCGGAGAUGUGGUCAUAAGAUCUGCUCCUGGCCCAGAGAUUCAGAUGGCGCAGGGCUACUCGUGUAUUUAACAUUGGGAUUUUCUUUCUUCGAUAUUGACAUUUAAAACUACGUCCUCCCACCCCCACCCCGCCCCAUCAGUAAGGUGUGGGGUGAAAUGAGAAGGCCCAGGCACAUACUUGCUUGGCUUUGGAGUAGCUCAGGAUGGCGUUUGGCUGCAGGUGCUAAGUUUCGAUACCUUGUAAACCUUCCGGGCUUCUUGGACUUGGUCUUGUCGGCUUGACCGAAGCAGGGAGUUUAAAGAGAGCCUCCGAGUGUGCCUCGUAGAUUUUGAACAAGCUGCCUUUUCUGAACCCCAGCUGCCACUAGUCUUUAGCCUUACAGCGUGCUGCUGACCGAUCCGUGGGGCCUGUCUGUGGACACUGAAAAGUAGAGGGAGUCUGGUCCCUUUGCACUCACUUAAUGGGGGUUGGUCAGAGUCUCCCGGCAUCCGGCUUCCUGCUGCCUAGAGUGGCCUCGUCAAUGCCUUGAGAAGGGAUCGCGUGGCCCAAGCAUUUACUAUCUUGGUUCCACCAGGUAUGGAAUGAUCUCAGUAGGACUCCUGUGGCCUGUUCUCCUCAGUGCCUUUGCUUGGCUCCCUGAUUUCCUCAGCAACACUUUCUAGCACUUCCCACCUACCCUUGUCAUAAAUUACAAAGCGCAAGAAGAGAACACUUUGUUUUGGUUGGCUGUAUUUUUAAAUCUAGAAGAACACACCUUUUUUUUUUUUUUUUUUUUUUUUUUAAAGCUAAGACACUUCUGAACUAAUAGCCCCGGGUCGGAUUCCUCAGGUAGUUUCAUUGUUCGGAACCUAAUACUGGAAUUAGAAUGUUUCUGUGUUGCUCAUUUUUUUUUCCUCCUGGUUGUGACAGAACCUUAUCAAACCUUGACCUCUCUCCAGGGCGGAAGAAGAUCCCAGGGCAGUGCGGUGGGCAGGGCUUGAGGCAACAACAGUUAUGAGAUUGGGGUCUCUUCUCCGUACGUUCUUGUUCUCUGGGGGGUAAGAGGCAGGACGGUUGGCAGCAGAACCCGUUUUCAGGACCACACGUUUGCUGCAAUGUUAGUUAUGUUGGAACACUUUCAUCUAAAGGGUGAUACUGUAACUUGAUUAACCAGCUUUUGCUUAUCUAUAGCUGUUUUAUUUAAUACUCUCGUACAGUAGUGGGGACCACUGUCAGCUUUCCCGAAGACUUGUAUUUUCGUAGUGCUGUGAGAGUUAUUUACAUCCCUAUAAAGAGAACCAUAUAUUCACCUCAACUCAGAACGUACAUGCGUAUUUUCGUUCCGCAACAGGUUUUUUACUGAAAAACGUAUUCUGACUGUGAUAACCCAAGGGCAGUGGGGGCAGGCGUGCUCUGAAUGAUUGCUCCUUAGACGAGCCAGUGUGGAGACCGCAUUGUUCACAAGAGGUGCUUGGUCUGGAGAUCUGGCUGCGGCUAGGACCUCGGGUGUGUAACUCGGUCAGUGUUUGAGAGGGACGUCUGGGUGGAAGAGGGAAUUCCUGUGCUCUGAAGUGCCACUUGGAGACUCUGGGGAAUGAAGGACAAUUCACUUCAAGGGUGUCUGGCUCCUACCACUGCUGGGAAAGAAAAAUCCAAUUUAUAGCAUUCCCACACCUCUCGAAGUAGCUAGCCUGGGGGACAUGAGGUCAUGACUGUCCCUGAGGACUCUGCCUGGGGGGAGGCUUUAUCCAGGAAAAGCUUCAGUCUGCCCUGAGCCAUUAGCGGGGGUUGGUGAAUCGGAGCGUUGGGGCGCCUCUGCCUGGCACGUGUCGGAGGGCGCGUACCCACCCACACAAGGAGAGUUGGGACUUGCCUCCCGCUGCUCUAACGGCGAACCUGACUGAAGGACGCUGGGAGGAAGCUGUGUUCUGGGGAACCAGGAGUAGCUCUGUCUUGGCCUUGCCUGGCUGCCUCCAGAAGGAGCAGUCAGUACUUUCGGGAAGCAUCACAUUAAAAUACUGAACACCUUGCAGUGAACUUCAGUUGGAGGUCAGCCUCCUGAAAAAAAUGUCAGUCCUUUGCCUAUUUCCUAUCAUCUCAUUCCUUGGACUUUGACAGGUUUCCUGCCCUCCAUUUUAUCCCUGUGUGUUAACACAUCAGAAUGCAGGAACAAGAAAGUCUGCCCUUUGCCGUGCGGCAGAGCUGUUGACCCUGAGUGGAGGUGUGUGCCCUCGAAUAGGGAGCGUGUUGGGGGGGUGGGUUUCCAGCUUUGCUAACAGCGGGAGCUCAAAAGGGCAGAGAGGCAGGAGGACCCAUGACCCUCAGCCACAUACCGAAUUGAAGGCCGGAGGCAAUUUACUGUUAAAUUAGGCAGGAUCUUCCCUCCCUGAGUCCCUUCUCCCACUCCAUCUUUUUCUUUUUUUUUUUGAGAACUACGAAUGAAUGAUCCCUCAAGGCUGACAGGUUAAUUGCCUUCGGUGGAGAGCUUGGUUGGUCUCUUGGUAGUCCUACCGACCUCCACUCUGUGGUGUCUCGGUAUCUGUUAUAUGAGCUACUAACUUGACCUCUUCCACCCUCCGACUGAAAGGUCGCCCGGCAUUUUUGGAUCAUAAAAGGAUUGCCUGUCAUGUUAGUUUGGGAGUUUUUAAUUUCUUUGGUUUUGUUUUUAAGAAGUAACCUGAGAUUUCUACAACACUAAAUAAAAUGGUACUACCUUCCAAA